AUUCGAUUCAGAAGAAUGUAGCAACUCCCAUGGCAACACAUCCAACCCAAAAUGGCAAGUUCCGCUUCAAACACCGAAGCCGAGAAGGCGGACGAGGAGGCGAUAGUUCUGCCAAAGCUCAAGUAUGGGUACCGCACGGUGCCUCUUGAAUGGCCAGAGCUGGUUCAAAUCAUCCAGGUGGAACAAGAUCUGGCCAAGCUCUCUAGAAGUGUUGAGCAACAAACCUCCUACGCGAUCUACAUGCGUGAUCUGAAACGGAAAUGGAGCAGUGUUUAUCAUUUCAUAUUGCAUUCCAAGUUUGGGUUUGCAAAGAGACAAGUUGCGGGCACCGGUAACAAUGAAGGCGCACUUGUAUGGGAGUCGUAUCCUCCCGUUUCGGACAUAAAGGAGCCACAAAAAGCACUGGUGGAGAACGAUUUCCCAUACUACAAUGCUCCUGGUAUUCAGCAUUAUAUCCUCUGGAAGAUUGGUGGAGAUGUCACGGAUCAAGAGAUAGAAGAGGCUGGCCAAGAUCUGCGAGCCAAGUUGGGGGAUGUUUGUGGUGUGGUGCACUGGAAGAAUCCACCGCAUCUCAAGAGCUUGCCGGACAUUGACCAUGUACAUAUUCUGGUUCAUAGGCAAACUACGUCAACCUCAGGUUCGGAUCCUUCAGACUAACUGCAAGUAUUGCCCGAAGGUAUUCGAUGGCUUGUCGCUGCACCGAGAGGAAGCAAUGGCGAGGAAACUCAGCCCAGGCUUGUCAGGAAACAGGGGGAAUAGCUACGUGACGCAGCUGUGUGAAGUGCUGCAUCAAGAGAAAAGCAUGUUGAAGAGAAGCAGAACCAUCGACUCACUGUGCCAACAUGAGACACAAAAUUUGAUAGACCAUCAUCGAGAGGGGUAUCUGGUAGUAGCUACAUCCAUUCUAAACAUGCUCGUAAGCGCCAGUUCU